AUGAUCAGCUCCGUGUGUGUCUCAUCUUACCGUGGGCGCAAAUCAGGGAACAAGCCAUCUUCCAAAACAUGCCUGAAGGAAGAGAUGGGCAAAGGAGAAGAGUCAGACAAGAUCACGAUCAACGUGGGGGGCACCCGGCAUGAGACCUACAAGAGCACUUUGCGCACCCUGCCUGGAACCCGCCUGGCUUGGCUGGCAGACCCCGAUGCCCAGAGCAAUUUUGACUUUGACGGGCAAAGCAAUGAGUUUUUCUUUGACCGCCACCCAGGCAUUUUCUCUUACGUGUUGAAUUACUACCGCACGGGCAAACUACACUGCCCGGCAGACAUCUGUGGGCCCCUCUUUGAAGAGGAGCUGACCUACUGGGGCAUUGACGAGACUGAUGUGGAGCCCUGCUGCUGGAUGACUUAUCGGCAGCACCGGGAUGCUGAGGAAGCCCUGGAUAUCUUUGAGAGCCCUGAGCCUGGCAGUGGGCUGGCUGGGGAAGAGACUGAAGAUGAAGGGGCCCGGGAGAUGACCCUUCAACACCUGGGCAUGGAGGAUAGGCCUCCUGGGGCCGCAGGAGGAGGAGGAGGAAGUGGCUGUUGCCGCAACUGGCAGCCUAAGAUGUGGGCACUUUUUGAGGAUCCCUAUUCAUCAAAGGCAGCCCGGAUCAUUGCCUUUGCUUCACUUUUUUUUAUUCUAGUAUCCAUCACAACUUUUUGUCUGGAGACACAUGAAGCCUUCAUCAUAGAUACCAAUGUGACUGAGACCCUAGUAGUGGGCAACACAACUGAGAUUGUUGUAAUGAAAAAGAUGGAGACAGAGCCUAUUCUCACCUGUAUUGAAGGAGUUUGUGUGCUGUGGUUCACUCUAGAGUUUCUGGUGCGCAUUGUUUGCUGCCCGGAUAAAUUGAUCUUCAUUAAGAACCUUCUUAACAUCAUUGACUUUGUAGCCAUCCUACCCUUCUAUUUAGAGGUGGGACUCAGUGGCCUAUCAUCCAAAGCUGCACGGGAUGUGCUGGGCUUCCUGAGGGUAGUUCGUUUUGUCAGAAUCCUCCGAAUUUUCAAGCUGACCCGCCAUUUUGUGGGACUUCGGGUGUUGGGCCAUACCCUCCGGGCCAGUACCAAUGAAUUCCUCCUUCUCAUCAUCUUCCUGGCUCUAGGAGUUUUGAUUUUUGCUACCAUGAUCUAUUAUGCCGAAAGGAUUGGUGCCAAGCCAUCUGAUCCUAGUGGUAGUGACCAUACCCACUUUAAGAAUAUCCCCAUAGGAUUUUGGUGGGCAGUGGUAACUAUGACAACUUUGGGUUAUGGAGACAUGUAUCCCAAAACUUGGUCAGGCAUGUUGGUGGGAGCUCUUUGUGCCCUGGCUGGUGUUCUUACCAUUGCUAUGCCUGUUCCAGUCAUUGUCAACAACUUCGGAAUGUAUUAUUCAUUGGCCAUGGCAAAGCAAAAGCUCCCAAAGAAGAAGAAGAAGCACAUACCCCGUCCAGCACCACUUGAGUCUCCAACGUUCUGCAAAUCAGAGGACAACUCACCUCACAACAGUAUUCAGAGUUACAACAGUCCUAUAGCGGCAGCAACAGCAGCUGGUGUGAUGGAGAGGAAAAGAUCAGACACCAAGCAGAAUGGAGAUGCCAAUGUGGUUCUGUCAGAUGAAGAUCAACCUCUUUCGUCACCGCAAGAGGAGAAGCAGCUCAUGAGAGGCUCAAGUACCAGGGACAAAAACAAGAAAGCAGCAACCUGCUUUCUCCUGAGCACUGGGGAUUUCUCUUGUGCUGCUGAUGGUAGCAUCCGGAAAGGACUGUUGAACCCUCAGUGAGUUUCACUAGAAGCUGGGAUUGGCUCAAGCAAUUUUCCUGUUAAAAGUGUAUACAAGGAGAAUGUAAGCUGGAAGGACCCAUCUAUUUGCUGUAAUCCUGCUUGCUGUGUAUUCAAUAUAUAAAAAUGUAUCUGAGACAUCCAGGGUUACUCCAUGUUAUCAAUGUCAAGAUGGGCUGACAACCAGUACAAGCAUUUGAACUGUUUCAUGAUCAGCCUUUUACUGUGUGGACCAACUUGUUGGCCAACAUUGCUGCUAUUUCACUGUAGAAAUUUGAAUGGUUCCUGGACUUUAUUACAGAUGGACAUUGCUAAUCUUAGAUACCUUCUGGCAGGCUUCUGCAGAUGCUUCAACAUGUAAGUGCCAACCUAGCAUUGUCUGCAGAUAGUAUUUUGUUUUAGACUCUACUGUGUGUAUUCCUGGCUUCUUCAGUAGGAAAUUCCCUUUCUAUAUAUGAUAUUCAUGGAACUAUUGGGAAUUUGAAGCCACAAGAUGUUGCAAGGUGAAUUUAGCUUGUGGAUGUAUUUAAUGAAAAAGAAGAACCAUUAGACUGUAGUGCUGUUAGUGCUGUUACUGCAUCCCAGACAGUAUUUAGUACUAUUAUCUUCUGUGUUGUACACAUGGCUCUUCUUGUCAAACUAUAACAAAAGUCUUAAUAAAAAGAUCU